AUUGGGCUUUGAGUGGACAAAAGUGGCCUUAUCGACAAAAGUGCCUGUUUAUAUUCCAUUUCAUUGUAACGUCAUAAAGUUAGACACACCAAAGGGUUUCCAAAAAUAAUAAAAUGGAGGGGAAACCCUUUGAGAAAAAUUGCUAAAGUGUUUCCGAUCGGCACUCCUUGAACUUAGUGUCCUUUGUUUUCGAAUCAAAUGAUAAUCUUCCCCUUUCCAGACCAAGAUGUGCGAUCCCCAAGAGAGUAGAAAUGAGUUUGCUCGCAUCCUGACGGAUAUCAUCACCCAGGACCUGGUGGGUCAGUGUGAGGAUUAUCGGAAUGCAGUCUUUUCUCCCGCCUCCAUUCAAAGCUGCCUGACGCUGGCCUACAUGGCAGCCACAGGAUCGUCUGCCGAGGAGCUGAAAAAGGGCCUCCUGUUGGGCCCUGGCGAUCGGCAUCACAUAGCCCGCACCUUUGGCGAGUUUUGGCGAACACUCUGCAGUAGCGGCGACCGGGGUCCCACCUUGAAAUCCGUGAAUCGAUUGUACGUGAACAGCAACCUGGAACUCAAGCCGGAGUUCAAUGAGAUAGCCAGCGACUUUUUCCAAACCAAGGCCGAGCCAUUGGAGUUCGCCGAUCCGGCAUCCGCCACCACGCACAUCAACGAGUGGGUGGAAAAGGAAACGGAGCAGAGGAUCACGAACCUCCUGCAACCGGAUGCCGUGGACGAUGCGACCAGUGCCGUGCUCAUCAAUGCCCUGUACUUCAAGGGAAAGUGGCAGAAGCCCUUCAUGCCAGAGGCCACAGGAAAAGAUACAUUCUUUGUGGACCCAGAGACCAGCAUCGAGGUGGACAUGAUGACCCAGGAGGACAAGUUCAAGUUCGCCGAGUUACCCCAUCUGAAGGCGAAAGCCGUGCAGCUAUUUUUCGAAACCUCCCACAUCCACAUGCUCAUAGUUCUGCCUGAUGACAAAUUUGGGCUGCAGGACCUGGAAGCUCGGCUCAAAAAUGUCGAUCUGGCUUCCAUUGAUGAAGCCAUGACCAUUAAGGAUGUGGACAUUUUCUUGCCGCAGUUCAGCAUAGAGUAUGAUGUGGAUUUGAAGGAUAUAUUGAAACAGCUUGGCAUAGCAGAGAUCUUUACGGAAGCCGCCAAACUGGAUGGACUCUUCACCACAAGAGAAAAGCAGAGGAUUUCAGCGGCCAGGCACCGCGGCUACAUAAACGUAAACGAGGCUGGUUCCGAGGCAGCUGCCGUAUCCUUCAUGAAGAUUGUGCCAAUGAUGCUGAAUAUGAACAAGAAGCAAUUCAAGGCGGACCACCCGUUUGUCUUCUACAUCCGUAACUCGCAGGCUGUUUUCUUUGCGGGAAGGUUCGUCGGCGAGCACGGCCAGGCGGGUGGAAAGUGCCGCACUGAUCACUGUCGAAAGUGCCCUAAGAAGGGCCAGGUUUCUGGCAAUUGCCAAACUGAGGCGUGCCAAAAAUGUCCUAAACUGAACCAGGUUCCUGGACAGUGCACUGGGCACUGUGGAAUGUGCCCUAAGAAUGACCAGACUUCUGGCACCAGGGUGGGCGUGGAGAAUCGUUCCGCUGGAGUCCGCAGUGAAAUGAAAUACUUGUACCUGAUUCUGUGGGUGGCGACCGUGAUGGGCCAGCAAUCCGAUGGGAUCUACCAGCACCUGGCCAAGAGCAAUCCUAACAAGAACCUGGUGGUGUCACCCCUUUCCAUCGAGAGCGUCCUCAGCCUUCUCUACAUGGGAGCGGAGGGAACAACGGCCCGAGAGCUCCAGACCGUAUUGAGGCUGCAGUCCGGAAGCAAACAGGAGCUGGCCACGAUGUACAAGACCAAGCUGGAGUCUCUCCAGGUCAGCAGGGAGGGUUACACUAUGCAAUUGGCGAACCGCAUCUACGUCAACGACCGGCUGGCCCUGCAUCCGGAGUACAAUCAGUUGGUACGGGACUCCUUCAAGGCGGAGGCGGAGGCCAUCAACCUGGAGGACAGCGUCAAGGCGGCCGAUGGCAUCAACCAGUGGGUGCGUGACCAGACAUAUGGCAAGAUCAAUGGUAUUGUCGAACCCGAUAACAUCACCCCUGACCUGAGAGCACUGCUGGUCAAUGCCAUCUAUUUCAAGGGCCAGUGGCAGUCCCAGUUCGAAACCAGAGCCACCGAGGUCUCCCCCUUCAAAGUCACCCCCAACGAGAGGGUGGUCGUUCCGAUGAUGCACCAAACGGGCACUUUCCGGACGCACAUCUUGCAAGAUUGGAGCGGCCAGGUCGUUGAGUUGCCCUACCGGAACUCCAACCUCUCCAUGCUCAUCUUCCUGCCCAACGACGCCGAUGACCUGAGCAAAAUGGAGGAGAAAAUGGUUGGGUUCUCAGAGCCGCUGCAUCCCAUGGAAAUGCUUGUGGUUCUGCCAAAGUUUAAAAUUGAGUUCCGAACGGAACUCCAGGAGAGUUUGGAGCAGUUGGGCGUACGGGAGGUGUUCUCCGAUCAAUCUAACCUCAGUGGACUCUUCGCCGAUGGAUCUGGCGGCAAAGUGAGUAGGGUUACCCACAAAGCCUUCUUGGAGGUGAACGAGGAGGGUGCCGAGGCGGCGGCUGCCACAGUUGCCAUGGUUUCUCCUCGCUCCGGCUUCUCGCAGUCCUUCGUGGCGGAUCAUCCUUUCGCUUUCAUGAUCCGGGACCAGAAUACCGUUUACUUCCAGGGCAGGGUUGUCAAUCCUGCUUAAAGAGAUCCGUUUACAUAAAGUCCUUUCCUAAAUAUUCAAAAAUCAAUAAAUUGUGAUAUUUUCAUAGAAUUAGUAGUUCAUAUAUGUAAGUAUUAAAGAAAUAGAACCUCCAAUGUCAAGUAACGUAAAACGAAUGCUUUAAUUAUUCCAAUAAAUUCUUUUAAAAAAUUCCAGA